CUUCCUCUCGCCAUUUGCAGCUCCUUCCUCCUCCAGGAAUCUCCGCCGAUUCCUCUCCGCCGCUCCUUCCUCCCCUCCCACCCGCCUCGCCCGUGCUGCUCUGCUCACGCAGCGCCCCCGUUCCUCGCCGGAUUCUCCCCGCGGCCGAUAUUUCCAUUUCUUCCUCUCUUUUUGUUUCCUGUUGAGUUUGUCGGGCUCGCCGAGAAGCGAAUUUUUUGUGUCUCCUGGGCGAUCCCGGUCGCAAAGGCGGGAGAUUUCCUCCGGUUCGACCUCCGCUUCUGUUGACGCUGCCGCCGGUGCCGGUGCUGGCUGCUUCUGUCCUGGGCGCUCCGAGCGCUACAGGUCGCCAAGGGGAACCGGAGAUUCGAGCUCUGGGCCCGUCUCAUGGCGUCCAUGGCGCAGGUCGAGGAAAGGGAUGGAUUAGACUCAUCUGGGUUGUCAAUUGACAAAAGGUUGCCGUUGGAUGCUGUCAAAUCUCCUCUGAAGGAUGAUGCAGUGCAACCCAAGGAGGGGAUGGAUGGGUACCCUGUCAAGGUUAGGAAGCCUUACACGAUCACAAAGCAGCGGGAGAAGUGGACGGAGGAAGAGCAUGAGAAGUUCCUGGAGGCACUGAAGCUUUAUGGUCGGUCUUGGCGCCAGAUACAAGAACACAUUGGCACAAAGACUGCUGUCCAGAUUCGGAGCCAUGCUCAGAAGUUUUUCUCCAAGGUGGUGCGCGAACCUGGGGCAAGUAAUGCAAUUGAGAUCCCACCCCCUAGGCCAAAGAGAAAACCACUGCAUCCAUAUCCUCGCAAGUGUGCCGAUUCCAGCACCUUGGCAAAUCCUGCAGUGGGCCAACCAAAGCUUGCCCCUAUAUCAUCGUCGUCUGGUUACAACGUAGAGAAUGGUUCACCUGUGUCUGUGCUAUCUGCAAUGCAGUCGGAUACUUUUGGGUCAUCAGUAUCAAAUCCAUCAACAGGGUGUACGUCCCCUGCAUCAUCAGAUGAUGGGAAUAAUGCCCCUGUGUUGGUGAGUGAAGAGGAAAAUUUACUUACUCAACAAGUUGAGGAUGAUCAGUCCCGUCAGGAAAUGAAGCUGGACAACAGUGAUGGCGACUUAUCUGAAGAGGAUUCAUCGGGAGGAGUGCAAGAAACAAGUUUGAAGCUAUUUGGGAAGACGGUUAUCAUCCCAGACCCAAAGAAAGUUUGCUCCUCGGAUGGGGGCUGCGGAGAUGGUGAGAAAAGCUCCCAACCUUCUAAGCAAGAAGUGUUACAAGCAUCCUCGAUUGGAGGGGUGGCAGCGUACCCUACCCAUAAUGGAUGGCUUCUUCCAUACCAUUCUUUCCAGUUUCAUAUGGGUGAUUCAGGGAAUGCUAGGAUUUCCCCUCUUCAUGUAUGGUGGCCUUACUAUGGUUUCCCGGCCGGCCAUCCAAGAGGAUUUAGUAUGGGGCUGCCUACUGAAGGUACCUGUGAGAGUGAUACCGGCAAGAGCCUUUCAGCUGAAUCUAGUUCAGACUGCCUAGGCAAUGUUCAGACAACGGCCCCUACCAACUGCAAAGUUGUCAAGGAGCCACUUGGGGCAAUUCAGGUGCCAGAGUCAGCUCUAAGUUUUGAGCUGAAACCGAGCACGAAUUCGGCCUUUGCAAGAGUGAAGCCGGGAAGCAGCAGAGAUCAUUCUCUAAGGGGAUUUAUGCCAUAUAAAAGGUGUAAGGUCGAAUAACCCAGCCAGACAUUUCUCUGCAGCUAAUUUUAACUGAGAUUAAUUGUGAACAGUAGAGAGCAGUUGCGCACGCCCCUUGUUCCAGCGUGCGCGCCAUUUUUUUACUUGCAGAGGCAGAGAUUGGCCGUGUAUUUGCAUCAAUUGUUUCCUGUUUGCAGCUUGAUGUAAGAUGCUGCAAGCAGUUGCUGUUACUUGAGCAAAUGUAGACUGAAGAAAGGUUUAGCAGGGAUGCCAAUCUCUGGCCUGUUAUCUUGUUGUAUAAGAGCAACUCUAAAAGUACCUGUAUCUUACCCUCUAAUACCUUUGUAUCUUACCCUCUAAUACCUUUUUAAGAGACCCAUAAUACUUUUUUAGGAGAAAAA